CUGCCUUUUAAAUCACUGCUGCUGCUUCUGUCCAUUUCUCUUUUGCAGCCGAGGACCGGGAAGAAAUGAAUCCAGGGCAAGCAAGGAGAAAGUAGGACUGUCAAAAGAAUUUCAAACCCUGGGAUUUAGUUCCAGUGGAAACUUAUUUCAACAACUUUCCCGAACCGCGGAGUUGUAUUGUGGCAUCCUUUCAUGCGCCAGCUGUAGAUACCUUCAAGUGCCACUCCCGUCCACCUGCUACCUAGCCGCCCGUGGAGAGAAGAGCAGGAGUGCCGCUGGUGCUCCCUCGGCAUGGCUCUCCAGGUGUUUGCCCUGGCCCUGUUCCUCAUGCUGCUCUGUGGUGGCCAGGGCGCCCAGCUCCACAGCGCUCUCUUCAGGCCGCAGUGGCCUCUGCUCCGCAUGCCCAUAGUGUUGCCCCAGAGAACAGAGGAGAGGACCACCCCUCAGUUCCUGUCCCAGGCGAAGUUGGAGGUGUCCUCCCCUUGCGGGCCGGACUGCCACAAGCGCGCCCCGACCCCGAGCUACUGGGACCUGCGUGACUACCUGUCCUACGAGACCCUGUACUCCAACGGCAGCCUGACCGAGACCGCAGUGGGCAUCUAUGCGUUCAACCCGGCCGACUUGCGGAAACCAGACCCAGGUCGUUCACGGGCCAAAAGGCAGAUCUAUGGCCCUGACAGCCGCUUCAGCAUCGUGGGGCAGGACUUCCUGCUCAACUACCCCUUCUCCACGGCGGUGAAGGUGUCCACAGGCUGCACCGGGACCCUGGUGGGGGAGCGCCACGUCCUGACAGCAGCGCACUGUGUGCACGACAGCAAGACCUACGUCAAGGGGGCGCAGAGGCUGAGGGUGGGGUUCCUGAAAUCACGGCAACGGGACGCACCCCACGGCAACAGCACCCGCGCCGCCGGCCGACCCGACAAGAUGAAGUUCCAGUGGAUCAGGGUGAAGCGCACCCACGUUCCCAAGGGCUGGAUCAAGGGCAGCGCCAACGACAUUGGCAUGGACUACGACUAUGCCCUGCUGGAGCUGAAGAAGGCCCACAAGCGCCGCUACAUGAAGAUUGGCGUCAGCCCUUCCGCCCGCCAGCUGCCCGGCCAGAGGAUCCACUUCUCCGGCUUCGACAACGACCGCCCGGGCCAGCUGGUCUUCAGGUUCUGUAAAGCCCACGAGGAGACCUACGACCUGCUGUACCAGCACUGUGACGCCCAGCCGGGUGCCAGUGGUUCUGGGGUCUACGCCCGCCUGUGGAACCGCCAACGGCGACGCUGGGAGCGCAAGGUACUGGGGGUCUUCUCGGGACACCAGUGGGUCGACCGCAACGGCACCCCGCAGGAGUUCAACGUGGCGGUCCGCGUCACCCCCCUGAAAUACGCCCAGAUCUGUUACUGGAUCAAGGGCAACUAUGUAGACUGCAGGGAUGGGUGAGAAGUCUCUAAACCCAAAACAUGCAUGCACACAUACGCACAUACAUAAAUACACACGGAAACACACAGACAUACACACACAACUACACACAAACACUGCUGAAAUGCACUGAUUUGUUAUAUUUGAAACUAUUUUUAUAAGGAAUUUUUCCAUUUGGACAGUUCCCAAGUUGGACACUGUGUUGAGGGAGAGUGAAUAGAACGAUGGAGGAAGAGGUCAGAGUUCAUCACCCAGAUAGAUGCUGCACCUGGGCUUUUUCCAGUUUAGGCGGUUGGGAGUCGGAGAGCACAAUCUCCGGUUCUCUUCUUGUGUAUUCCCAAGUAGGGCUAUGUGCGUAUGUGUGUGUACAGCGAUACGGGGCUACAUGUGCUGCAGCAGCCUUGCUCUGUCCCCUUCCAGGGAAGUUUCCUGGUGGGGGGUUUCCUGGUGAUGGUUACAGCUGUGUUCCAGCUCAGCAUUAUCCCUCCCACAGACAAGGCAGAUAGUAUGACCUUUUCAGGCUUAAAAGGACAAAGCACUCACAUGUACCCUUAAUACUCAAGCACAGAGUUUAGGGUCCGGGGUCAGGUUCUGUAAGGGCUGCUCUGAUGAAGGAGACAGCAAAAAGGUGAGACAGAGGUUCGGCAUUGGAGCACCGAAACAGAUCAGAGAUCACAGGACAAUCACACCAAGAGAACACUGAUAGAAGAGAUCAGGGCCAGAGAGCACUGACAAAGACAAUCUGAGACACAGAGCACUGAUACAGAGAAUGAGGACUGGAGGCCACCGACACUAAAAUUUAAGAAUGUAGGACAUUCUCAGGAGAAGGGGAGAGAGAGAGAAAUAAAUGCACUGGUCAAAGACCGCACCCAUAGCCUAUUUCAACUUUACUGGUCCCUGUUUCUAAUAGACUACUAAUCAUAAAUCAGCACACGGAGACAAACAUUUAAUCAGUUUCACUUACUCUGAAUAUCCUCU